AUGUAUUCUCUAAAUUGCAUAGACGAGUACAGAAUCCCUACCAGAGAGGAAGUCUACGUUCUAGACAUAAUUCCCUUCACCUCGGGGCCUGCUACGAUAUCGUCGGACCAGAAGCUGUCGUUAUUCAACCCAUUAAGUCUCAAAACGGGACCAACAGUAAACCUUGUUACAAGCCAUGGAAAUAUCACUUGUGCCAGGGCAUUCGACGACGCCAACUCAGUUGUGUGCACAGCCGGAGAAAACGGCACCAUCUCCUUGUGGGAUCUGAGGCAAGAUGUGCGCCAAGCCAGAUCUGCUCAGUUUACAACAGAAGGUCAAGUGCCUGUACUAUCCAUUGCAUGUUUGAAUAUGGGAUAUACGAUAGCCGCUGGAACCGAGUUACAGAAUCAUCAAGCUUCAAUCAUAAUAUGGGAUGUUCGUUCAACAUCAGCCCCGAAACUUCACUAUAAAGAGGUCCAUAGCGACGACGUUACCGAGUUAAAUUUUCACCCAAGCGACCCGAAUAUCCUGUUAUCGGGGUCGACAGACGGCCUUAUAAACAUCUGCGACACUCGUAUCACUGAUGAGGAUGAAGUCAUAAUACAGACCUUCAACCACGACUCCUCAAUACAUCACGCGGCCUUUCUGAAUGACACCGAGGUGUACGCAAUAUCGCAUGAUGAGAGAUUAGCCUUGUAUGACAUGGCCGAGGGGGUUGAGAACGGUGCGGCCACAACCGAUUUCGGAGAUAUGAGAGCUGUCGUUGGUUGUCAAUAUAUCGCCAACAUCUUUGCCAAGGCAAACGGCGCCGGAGCUGUGAUUGGUGCGGGCGCUCACGAGCAACAAGCAUUCGAGUUGAUCCACUUGACGAAAGGCGAUACUUGGGGCCUUGAUCGAGCCAACAGUGUCGGGUUACCGGGUGCGCAUUCCGGGGAGAUAGUCCGAAGUUUUUGCUUUUAUGACGAGGCACAGAUGGUGUUCAGUGCGGGCGAAGAUGGAUUUAUCAAGGCCUGGAAACCCAAUGUAUAAUGGUACAAUUGCGAUAGUACUUAUCGCGAAUAUUCCUUCAACCAUACUUGUCGUGCUUGUUUUUAGACUUGAGGUCCAAGAGUUGUUCAUGGUAAUCGCCUUCCCGUCUAGCCUUCUUCAACCUCUUAACCUCAUCUUCGUCCAGACGCCUCCCGACAGCAUCUUCCAGCUCUUUGCGGCUUACUUUUGCCUUCUCUUUCAACUCUUUCAAUGCUUUUAGUCUGGGUUUGAAUCUUGCCUG